CUGGUGGCCUGGCCACCCACGAGCCUUUUCUCCCUUCCUCAUCUAGAUCGAAGAAGCAAGUUGCGGUGUUGGAAACACAAGCAAUGAUGAAAUCGAACUGAUAACAGUAGUACGGUAAGCCACCAGUUCUCCGAUUUCUCCUCAAAUGACCUCAGGCCCACUUAAUAUUUCACAUAUAGAAGAAGCAGAUCAGAGUAAGAGAUGGCCUAGAGGAAACAUUUAGUGGAUGAUAUAUGCAUUUUUCCGUUUUCAUUUUUGUUCCCAUAAACCACAAAUGUACGCAUGCAUUUAGGGUGGCAGAAUGGUUUUCGGUUAGCAGUUAACGAGACGAUUUCAAUCGAACCAACCGAUUUUUGGCUAACCAAAAAAAUGUUUCUGAUUGCAUCGGUUGGUUGGCGGUGGAUAUGGGAAGGGGUUCGGCUAGCCGACUAACCGGGGUUGGAAACCGGCUAACCGACCCCUUCCCUUUCCCCAAAACGACCCCGCUUCAAAAUACCUCCUCCCUAACCCUAAGUGUCGACUCCUUCCUCCUCCCAAAUCCUUCGCCGCUCACCCCUUCCCCCUUCUCGCGUAGCGGCGCAAAAAACCUCCACCUCAGCGCCCCGCCUCCUCCACCUCGUCACCCCACCGCCUCCACCUCGUCGACUCGUCGCCCCGCCGCCUCCACCUUGUCGCCCCGGCGCCUCACUCUCAUCGCCCCUCCACCAGCAGCAGCCAGGCAACAACGCGCCGCCUCCACCCUCGUCGCCCCGCCGCCUCCACCAGUAGCAGAAGGAAUAGAUCUAAAAUGGAGGAAGGAGAGAGAAAUAGGAGUUGGUGUGGCCUCUGAGGAAGACGCCAAUGACUUUUUUUUUUGGUUGAACUAAACGCCAACGUUUUGGCUAAGUUUUUUGGUAUGCAGCUAACUGAGCCUAAAAUCGAAACCGGGCGGUCAGUUGGCCGGUUAACCGCAACUCUCUCAUGGCUGGUUGCCGAAAGCCCUUGAGGGUGGCUCGGUUUAACCGAUAACCGAGAAUUUAGUUUUCAGUUAAACCGAAACCGACCUAUUGACACCCCUAUGCAUGAGUGCCACAUGUUUACAUUGAAAACCAAAAAGUUCCACAUGCCCACAUCUAAUAUAUUUUGUUAAGUGAU